ACACAAAACUGGGACCGCCUAUUUAUUUACAAAAGGGUGUGCGAAAGAUAGCAAGUGUUUCUUUUUUUUGUUCAACGCUAGCUAACUACCCAGAAUGCUUCUGAAGUCUCUUGUUGCAUUCAAGAUAAAUAAGUCAUUUAAAAAUAGCAGUUAAACGCGCCUUCUUGUUAUUAUACAGAACAUAUCCUAGACUAAAAAUAAAGAAAACCCAAGGGCGAGGAAUGACAGCACAUUGAUGGCUUCUGUGUCUCUUAAGUGGGUCCUGCCGUUGCGCUUCAUUUAAUCAAAUGCAUUUUUUCUUAUUGGUGUUUUCUGUUAUGCUCCCCAGAGAAGCAUUUCUUAUCCUGAAGGACAGCUUGUAAGAAUAGCUCUGCACAGAUGCCCGUGUUCGCUCCCAUUACAGUAUGCAGCCUCUCUGUCUGCUGUAGCCCAGAUUUAAGCACCAUGGAGAACUCCCAGCGCUCCCGAAACACCAGGAAUACGCAAAGAAUCCGGGGGCAAGCAGGAACGCGCAUGGCGCAGACAGCACCUGCCACUCCCGUGCAUUGCGAAGGGACGGCGUGAGAAAUGACCAGGAGUACCACUGGUUUUUAUUUUUUUUCGACGGUUCUCCGCUCCCAGCUACUACAGUAAAAAUAGAAAUUCUUGAAGCCGUUCACCGAGAAUUCCUCGCAUGGCUGGGAUUUUCACAUGAAGCACUGCAGCCUGGCGUGUCAAUCACACAGCCCGGGUUUACAACAACAAAAAAAGGUAGCGCUUUCCUGAUAGCUUUCGUACCGUCACUUUGCAUGUUGUUUUUAUAUAUGUGUUUCUAUAUUUGUUUCUAUUAGCGGGUACGUAGGACAAAUAUAAAAAUAAACUCGCUGACGCCGCUGAGGAAAAAAUAUAAGGGGAAAAAUACAAUUCCCAACAUGCAACGUAGCUUCUGACUGUACACGGGCAGAAUCCUGGCUCUUUAAAUACACCAGCGCUAAAACCGAAACGCUGCUCCAUCUUUUAUCAGAAAUCCAUUUUUUUUUUUUUUCAAUAUUCUUGCUGAUCCAAUUGGUUUAUGCUUGCGCCAGUCACUAGUAAUUGAAUUUCAAGCCUGUCCAGGGCUGGGGGUGAGGAGCAUGUGCGCGCAUUCCAGAUAUGGCAGCAUUAACAAGGAGUGACAGAAUCCGUGAGAGAGUGUAGGGACAGGGCAAUAUCAUACCUGCUGACAAACCAUAUCCAUUGAACGAGAAAGAAAGGGUAACUCUCUAACGAACUAACUAAACAAACAACACAUACUAAUAAUAAUAAUAAUAAUAAUAAUAAUAUUAAUAAUAAUAAUAAUAAACGUACAUAUAUACAUUUAUCAUCAAAAUGCCUGCUCACCAAAGCAGAUCAAGAACUAGAGACAGAAACAAUGUUCUAAACAGACCCGAGUUUAUCUCUCUGAAUCAGCCUCUGGCUCGAAGCAACGCCGAGCUUAGAAGUUCCAGCCGGAGGAAAAGCGGUCAGGCGAGCCAGUUAAAACAGCCUCAAAGCCAGCAGGAGCCGCAACAGCAGCUACCGCAGCAACCGAAUGGAAAUACCAGGGACAGGAAGGAAUCGGCGCAGCAGCCCGAGGAGGACUGCAUGCAGCUCAACCCGUCUUUCAAAGGGAUAGCUUACAACUCCCUGCUCGCCAUCGAUAUCUGCAUGUCGAAGCGGAUGGGGGUCUGCGCCUACAAGACGUCCUCCUGGGGCAGUGUCCGCUCAAUGGUCACGCUGCUGGCGAUGACCGGCCACGGUGUUGUGUGGAUUGUUGGCACUCUAAUCUGCCUGACCAGGAGCAGCACACUAGCAGGGCAGGAAGUGCUGAUGAACCUGCUGUUGGCCCUGAUCCUGGACAUCAUGACGGUGGCCGGGGUGCAGAAGCUGAUGAAGAGGAAGGGUCCCCUGGAGGUGAACCCGGGCUUCCUGGACUACAUCUCCAUGGACAUGUACGCCUUCCCCGCGGCCCACGCCAGCCGCGCCACCAUGGUGUCCAAGUUCCUGCUCACCCACCUGGUCCUGGCCGUGCCUCUGCGCAUCCUACUGGUGCUGUGGGCCUUCCUGACGGGCAUCUCACGGAUCUUACAGGGCAGACACCACAUCACCGAUGUCAUGUGCGGCUUCGCCCUGGGCUUCCUGCACUACAAGCUGGUGGAGAUGGUGUGGCUGUCCUCCAACGCUUGCCAGACUCUCAUCUCCAUUUGGACAUUCAGCUGGACCCCCUUUUUCAACUGAGAAGACUCUCACCCCCACCCCACUCCCACCCCACCCCUCAGGUGUAGUCAACUGCAAUCAAGUUUCAAAACGAAAAGAAAAACCUUCCUCUUGGAAAAUCUGAAUACCAUUGUCUAUGCUUUUUGUCUUCUGCACACUGCAUUAAAAACGCCUUUUUUGGGGUUGGAAUGCACUUGACUUGAUUACACUGUGUAACAAAUUUUUUUUUGUCCCUGGGUAGUAAGUGUUAUUUCCUAAU